ACAUGGCGGCCCCACUGUGGCGGCAAUACCAGAGGUGGAUAGUUAGCAGCGCCGGGACGAGUUUACUAGAAACACAGUGGCGCUAUGGCGUUAGGCCGACGUCCGUCUCUGCUGUGUCUGGUGGGCGGGCGAGCAGGAGCUCCGGGCCGGGUGACGAGCUCUCAUUACAACCAAAGCAGAGGGUCCUGCAGGGGUACACGUUAUCUCUCGCCAGACACAAACCCCGCCUGUUGUAUCCAUCAUGCCCCUGUAGGAACAUACACAGCGACGCCAAGUUGAAAGACCCCUUCACGUUAGCCCAAAAAGAUUUAGCAAGUUUAUAUGACGACAUCAAAAAGGAACUGUUUGUGUCCAAAGAAGAGCUCAAGUCUUUAUGUGACUACUACUUUGACGGCAAGGGCAAAGCCAUCCGGCCUAUGAUUGUGGUCCUGAUGGCACGUGCUCUCAACAUCCACAGCAACAGAGCAGGGGACUUGCUCCCAGGCCAGCGUGCCGUCGCCAUGAUCUCAGAGAUGAUCCACACGGCCAGCCUGGUGCACGACGACGUCAUCGACGGCUCGGACAAGCGGAGGGGGAAGAGGACCAUUAACGACAUGUGGGGGGAGAAAAAGGCCAUUUUAGCAGGAGACUUCAUCCUGUCAGCCGCCUCCAUGGCUCUGGCUCGCAUUGGGAACAUCACCGUGGUCAAAGUGUUGUCUCAGGUCAUCGAAGACCUCGUCAGAGGUGAGUUCAUGCAGCUGGGCUCCAAGGAGAAUGAGAACGAGCGUUUUAAACACUACCUGGAGAAAACCUUCAAGAAGACAGCCAGCCUGAUCGCCAACAGUUGCAAAGCAGUGUCAAUCUUGGUCAAUUCUGAUCCGGACGUUCAUGAAAUAGCGUACCAGUACGGGAAGAACGUUGGCAUCGCUUUUCAGCUGGUGGACGACGUGUUGGACUUCACCACAGGCGCCAGUCAGCUGGGGAAGCCCUCGGCGGCGGACCUCAAGUUGGGCUUAGCCACGGGACCAGUUCUCUUUGCUUGUCAGCAGUUUCCUGAGCUACACGCCAUGAUCAUGCGACGCUUCAGCUCCAAAGGAGACGUUGCCCAAGCCUGGCAGUACGUCAUCCAGAGCGACGGCGUGCAGCAGACCAACUUCCUGGCGCAGCGCUACUGCCAAGAGGCCAUCAGACACAUCAGCAUGUUGCGACCAUCGGCGGAGCGGGACGCCCUCAUCAGGCUAACCGAGAUGGUGCUCACCAGAGACAAGUGACGCCUCACAUUGUGGCAGCUAACACCCUCCUCCUGCCUUGGCUACAGCGAGGCAGGAAAUCAGUGUGAAGACGUCAAUCAUUGACGUCCUGUGACUCUUUCUACCUCUACCAACGUACACCAGAGUGAGUCGCGUCAACGUACAUGCGAGGUACACAAUACAAGGCAGGUGUACAAAAUAUGUGUAAGUGUGCGUUUAUUGUUAUUUAAGUAGUUAAGGAAAUAUUGGCAAAGCACUGAGCUAUGAUGCCGCGUACUGUACUGUAACCCAAAUGUGUGUACUUACCAAACCCCACCGAAGCUUGUCAUGCACACUUGAAAGGAUCAUUAUGUCAUGUGCUCCGCCAAGUGUCCUGCAACAAUAACAGCCUUAACAUAUGCAAGUACUGCUCAAUAAAAACAAAUGUUUCCAUACCUGUCAUUACCUCCAUAUGUUCAGUUAGAACUCCCAAUCAAUUACCACAUGUUGUUGUUGUACAUAUAAUUGUUUAUUAUAAAAGGCUGUACAUUAUUUUUAAUCAACAUAUUUUACAUACAAAUGAAGGGCAGAGAAAUUUCAGUAUCCAAGACACCGAGUCUGAAUUUGUUGAUGGAAGAUUCACAAAAGCAAAAAAAAAAAAAAAGUGACAAAACGAUACAAGGCAUGGUCUGAGAUGGCAAACACCUGAGUGGGAACUUACGAGAUUUUAUCAUGGCAGCACGGCAAGCUAUUUAAAAAAAAGUGGUUGGUUAUUUUAAUCAUUUUCUUCAAAUGCGGAAUGUUUGGGUGCUUUUUCACAAAUGUAAUAAACCUUCCCCCCUCUA